AUGAUCAAUGUCGAAUCGGUGAGUCAAGACGAGACAAUAGUCAAUGAAGCUGGACUUAUUUGCUGUUUGAAAGACGAUGACAAUAUUCGCAACGUCUUCAUAUUUAAAGAUGACGGUGUGCACCUCUACGAUAUAAUUCGGAAGAAAAUCACGAUUCGUAAGACCACGAAUUUGAAUGGGACGGUGGCUGUUACUCAGUGCGGACUGGGAGCUUCUUCUUCAAAGUUUUUGGUUGUGCUAAAAAGAGACUGUGAGCUAUUAAUGCUCGAUGUUUCUAAUUUCGAGAUAGCUCAAAAACUACGACUCGAGCUUGCCCAUUAUUCAGAGGUACGCCGCGCCCUUAUGUUUUUCGAUGAUGCUCACCAGAAUCUAAAUAUAUGCGUAGACGGGCACUCUAUGUUUUGCGUGGAGGCUUCCAAAUUACUAAGUGGAAACCUCAGUGUCCCCUGUCUUCAGUUUUACCAUUCCAAUGCAGAAAUUGUAGGGGCGGUGUGUGUCUGUACGCACCGAAGAAACUAUCUGUUGUUAAAAAAAGAUGUCAUUACGGGGUCACUAACCUUGGAGGUUCUAUCGCCGUUCGUUAUGGAUCCUCAAAUGCCUGGAGUCAAUAAGCACUGUACGUCCUCCGCAACACGCAUGAUUGAGCUGAUUGCUCAAAAAAAUGGCAGGGAAAAAAUACGAGGGUUUUUUCCUUUGAGCAGUCGCCACUUGGUUGUCGUCGUGACAUCACAACGGGUCUUCCUGGCUGGAGACACUCUUGAGGCGUUCGAGAAUACUGAAAUGAACGGCCGCCCGGAGUUCAAGAAUUUGCAUGCACUCCACAAGGACUCAUCUUUGAUCUUGUCGAUACAAAACUUUUCAGGAAAUGUGUAUACCUCUAAAAUUGACACUCGAAGAGCAGCCAGCCCAAUAAAAUGGAGUUUGUUGCGCGUUGACCACCCUCGAGAAAUGACGGGCUAUAAAUUUGUGUGUAGGGCACUAAGUUCCACCGAAUACGCCUUUAUCAGUGACACUGGAUUUUGGGUAUAUGAUUCAACAUCGAAAAAGACAAGCUUUCUAUUGUCAUGCGAACAGAAAACGUAUGUUGAUGCCAUAGUUGCUGAGCGAAGCGCUAAUGGUCUACCGCUUCGAGUUAUCGCCUGUGGAGGGAAUUCGCCAUACAGCGGUUUUGUCGAAUGUUUUCGAAUGGCUUUACAUGCCGAUACUUUGAGGAUACUCAAGGUUAAUCCUUCGUUCGAAAAUAAUGGGCUCACGGACUUCUGGUUGACGGAUAACGGAAUCGUCGCUAGCACAUUACUUCUGGACGAAGAGAAUGAGCUAUGUUAUGUUUCUAAAAGCGGCACAAAGCUGCGACAAGCCAACGUAUGUUGUGCUACUCAGCUGGGAAAUGAUACUUCCGAUUUGCUUUAUCUCGAUGUGGCUGGCCAACUGUACUUUGCAAAAGAGGCAGCGAAAAUUGCCAUCUGUUUUAUUGCCCAGCUUUCCAAUCAUGGGACAUGGUCAAUUUCUGCAUCCCACAAGACAGACGCAGACGGGUUACCUUCAUUCAUAGUACUCUCAAAGGGGAACAUCAUCUCUGUCCUUUCAAGCGGUCUGUUGCAAGCGUCCUUCCAGGUAGAUUGUUUCAACAUAGAUGAGAUUUUUGUGGACCGACUUUUUGAAAACACCCUAACAAUUGUGGUAAGCUGUGAUACUGGGGUCCUUCUGCUUAUAUCAUAUCUACACAGAGAGAAAACAUUUCUUGUUACGAAAACCAUAAAUUUCGACGAAGGUGUGCCGCUGCAGUUGUGCGACAUUAAGAAUCAUGGUGACACCAUCCCGCUUGUAUUUGUUUACAACAGGCAUAAGGUCUGGAUUUUGAAUCUUGCUAAUGCAAAUUUUAACGAAUGCAUUUUGAACUAUGGAAUCAAGCGCAUGAGAUUUUUGGGAAGUGAUCGGUAUAUUGUUUUGACCACCAAUGACCUAUUUGUUACACUCCGAUUUAAACCCACGAUGCAGCCGGUUUGGACUCGAGGGCAAGCAUUGGCAACCAACAGCGUCCCGACUCACAUUAUAGGGCUUGAAAACCCUAGGUUCGUGGCCGUCGCUUCUCAAAAUGACAAGAAUUUUUGCAAGAUGGCUCUCUUAGACACUGCCGCUCUUCAAAUAUUGGACGAAUAUACUUUUCCCGAGCGCGGUAUAGUACGUGGUCUGUUGAAGCUUCAAAAACCUUACGACCACAAGAUCUUAGUCUCAUUCAUGGGUAAAUCAGCGAUUCAUGACUCCCUACUGGUGCUUUCAGUCAAGAACAACAAAUUCGUGUGUGUGGCCGAGAAGAUGAUCGAAGGUACAUCUAGCGCACUGACGCAGCGGGAUGCAAUGAUAAUUCAUGCCGGACGUAACAUCGAAGUAUUAAAGCUACAGAAAAGAGGCGGUCGGUGGAAUUUAUGUGCAAUCGAAAAACCUAUUCAUGGUUCAGGCCCUCUUUCUUUGGUCUGCAGUGCGUACAAUGAUGAGCAAAUGACAGUACUGUGUGCAACAAAAGGUGUGCGAGUAUACGAACUCAAGUCAGCUAUUUGCAUAGCUUCAAGCGCUCCCAGCUUUCACGCUGACAAUCAUGACUUCGCAACACUGUUCGAGGACACUUCCUUUAACGAAGAAAGAGACGUUGAGCUUCUACUAGACCCUGUUAAACAAGCCGAGACGGAAUUGUAUCUCAUCAAAGUCCACGGAAGGAAUCUGACUGCAUCUGUCAUUACGCCAGCAGAUUCUGGAAAGGUACAAUUCAAGUUUCUAUGUUCUAAAUCUCUACCGUUCAACAAAACUGUAACUAGAAUCAAACAAGCGGGUUCUAAGGAGUCCCUGGUUUGUGCAAGAGGCGGACUUUACAUAAUUAAAAUACGAUAA